AUGCCGCGACCAACAACGACAAGUAAAAGAGCCCUCAUUCGUUCCUUGUCUGGAUCUAUGAAGAGAAUACGAGGACGGAAUGAUAAUGGUGACCUAGUUGAGAAGUCACCUUUUCCCAGGACACCGAACUGUACUAAUGUCACUAGGAAUGUUUUCCUUAAUUUUAAUGGCUUCACGUAUAAAAGCUACCCCGGAGUUUGCUGCAAGUCAUCAUGUUUACAUAGACUAGAAGACAAAGACUGCAAACGUUACCAAUAUAGAUGUCGAGUCUGCCAAGCAGUAAGAUAUUGGAUCAGCCAUUUUCCAGUUCAUUUUGACUUGGAUAAAAACUUAUCAAGUGUUGUGGGACACUACAAAGACAUAUUCAAGAGGACGGGAUGUACAAAGUUGAAAAAUGUAGUUGAUAUAUCAAGCAUACCAUCAUAUGAUUGGAUGCGGCAUAUCUCAGUACGAAACAGCACAAUACGACAUAACCGAAAAGUAUCUUUAGUUUUCAACCACUUGGAACCAAACGAGUUGGCUGAUCACUUGACGUUUCUGGAGUACAAAAUUUUCCGAAGAUUAACUUUCUCUGAUUUUAAAAGCUAUGCAUCCCACAAGCAACUUAAAGAUAACCCCAAACUGGAACGUUCCAUAGCUCUUUUUAAUGGUUUGUCACAGUGGAUACAAUGUAUGGUGCUAAGUAGGACAACCCCAAAGCAGCGUGCGGAAGUUGUCACUAAGUUUGUUGAUGUUGCAAAGGCAAUUUUUGUAAUUAUAGAAAAGCUCUUCAAGAAAGUAAAGCAUUUAAAAUUCCAAUUUUGUGUGCAUUUAAAGGACUUGAUCACACUACACACAGCAUUUCCAGACAGACUUGAAAAUGACCUCAUCAACUUCAGAAAGAUGGCCCAGUUAUCUAUGACGAUAGAAGAACUUACCCAGUUGCAGAAUGCAACACCGCCUAUCGAAGCUAACAUGGACUUAGCUUCUCUUGAUUUGCAUUACACAGAAGAUGAGAUAUAUGAAUUAUCUAUCGCCAGGGAGCCACGUACAUCAACCAGUUCGCCACCAACACCGACAAAACCAGCAGUGUUUGCUGAUUGGGCAUCUGGAGUCAAUACACCACCAGAUCCAGAAACAAUCAACAAACAUGUACAUGCCAUGGUGGAGGCUGUGUUCAAAAAUUAUGACAAUGAUAGAGAUGGUUUUAUAUCACAAGAAGAAUUCGAAGCAAUUGCUGGCAAUUUUCCAUUCAUGGAUUCAUUUUGUGUACUGGAUGCAGAUAAGGAUGGCAUGAUUAGCAAAAGUGAAAUGAAGACCUACUUCAUUAGAGCGAAUUAUCAUGCCUUACGCAGCAGCUUCAAACAUGAUUUCCACGAACACACGUACUUCAAACCGACUUUCUGUGCUCACUGUACUGGUUUGCUUUGGGGACUUAUAAAACAAGGUGUCAAAUGCAAAACCUGCGGGAUUAACUCUCAUAAGCAUUGCAAAGAUUUAGUUGUAAUGGAAUGCCGCUCGAAGUCAUCAGCAUCUACACACGGGCACACCAAUGGUUCUGUUGAUGGAGUUCCUGCAAAAGACGUGACAAUGGACUGUAAACGGAAAAUGUCAAUACGGCAUAAACAAACACGGGCAAAUCAACAAGCAGCUCAGGCAAAGGAGGAGAGCAUCAAAGAGAACAAAGAAAAGAAAGAUGCAACUGAUCAAAAAAUGCUUGCAGAGGAGGAAAAAAUUGACAGACAGGAAGAGGACGAUAUUGAUAACUAUGGUGAAUCGUAUGAAGGAGAAACAGAUCUUGAAGAAAGGCUAUCUCGAGCAGAACAGGCAAGAGAUCUUCUAUCCACAGAGAAUGAACGUCUUCAGAAGCAAUUACAUACAGCAGAGGAAAAAAUUAACACACUUCAAAGUCACAUUAGUUUGAUUCGUCAACACACAAUAACAUUUAUCCUAGACCAGAUGGACACUCUACAUCUACAGAAGGACUCAGAAGUGUGA